AUGAAAACCCCAAGAUCUUCAAAAACCCCAAAAACCGGUAAAAUUUCUCAACCACAACCUCUCAGUGUGGUUCAUCCUCCACCCUUACUUGAUGCUGCACCAUCCUCAACUACUGAAACUACAAAUGAAACACCUAAACCCUCCACUGAGCAUGCCGGUACCAAACGCCAAAUCCCCACUCCAAAAGGUGGUUCAUCUUCUAGGAUAGCCAAGCGUUCGAAGCAUGCUGAUCCUAACAGUACUGAAGAAGUAUCAAAAGAGAUGUCAGUAGGGUUCGGGUUAGAUAAGUACUGUACUGUUAAGAACAUAGCAUUCUCUGGCAUUAAUGGACGAACAAUUUUGAAAUUUUUAGGGGUAGAUCAAAAGAAGGGAAAGAUUAGUCACAACGUUUUGUCUCCUCUGCAUAAAUUACUGUAUAACGUUGCACGCAGAUUCAUAUUACCCAGAAAUUCCAAACGUAGUGAAAAAAGUUUUGUUGGUUAUGGAGGACUAUUGACUUGGGUUUUUAGAAAAUUUGAUGUAUCUUUAGAAGAGGAGGUUGUUGAAAUCGAAUCAGAAGAGGAAGGGGUUGAGGAGGAAGAAGAGGAAAAGGAGAAAUCAAGGAAUGAGGAAAAAGAGAAGAAGGAGCACGAACCUGUUCCCACUGACAACAUUGAAACAGGAGAAAAAGGGGAACAGGACGGAGAAGCAAGUAAGGGGGAAACAGGAGAACAAGAGGAAGCCUUGGAAGAUAAUGUUCAUCACAAUCUCUGCAGUGAUUCAAGUUAUAAUGCAUUCACUAUGGGAUAUUACUAUUGA